AUGGGUGGAGGAGGAGGUAAACCUCUGAACAUCUUCCGCCUUGGUAGUUCCCUGUCGGAUGAACCCAAGGAAGUUCUAAACUGGAGACUUUGGUUUGCGGUUGUCUCUUUUGGCAUUAUGGGUGCUGCUAGAGGAAUCGAUGAAGGGUUGAUCAGCGGCACGUUUAACACGGAUGAUUUCCAGCAUCUCUUAGGGUUCGACAAACUUGAUGAGGAUGACUAUGCAAAUGUCAAGGGCAAUGUCUCCGCAAUGGUUCAGAUAGGUAGCGUCGGUGGCGCCCUACUGGCCUUUGUUCUCGCCGACCGUAUCGGUCGUCUCUGGGCCACUCGACAACUAUGUCUCCUUUGGAUUCUUGGAAUAGUCAUCUUCAUGACCAACAACGGACGAUUGGGCCAGGUGUAUGCUGGUCGCUUUAUUGCAGGAUUAGGAAUUGGCCAAACCACCGUCAUCGCUCCUGUUUACCUUUCCGAAAUCUCACCCCGGGCCGUCCGAGGACUUUGCACUUGCGUCUUCUCAGGCUCGGUGUACAUUGGAAUCAUGCUGGCAUACUUCUCGACUUGGGGAAGCAGCCUCCACAUGAACCAAAACAAGGAAGCCUCCUGGAUGGUGCCGACAUCCCUCCACCUCAUCUUUGCCGGUCUCAUCUUCGUUCUGUCGUGGUUCAACAAUGAGUCCCCCAGAUUCCUGAUCAAGAAGGGCAAGGUAGACCACGCAAUAGCCAACCUAGCCAAGAUUCGAGGCCUCGCCCCCGACGACGAAUACGUCACGGCAGAGAUCAACGGUAUCAAGAAUCAACUGAAUGAAGAGCAGGAAGCGACCAUGGGCCAAGGCUUUGUUGGCAUUCUCCGAGAGAUGUUCUGCAUGCCUAACAACUUCUAUCGCAUCUACCUGGGACUUGGAACUCAGUUGCUGGGUCAAUGGUCCGGUGCUCAAAGUAUCACCAUAUAUGCUCCUGACAUGUUUGCGCUCCUCGGCACCAAAGGCGACAAUGAAAAGCUGUACGCCACAGCCAUCUUUGGGGUUGUGAAGUUCGUUGCCUCCAUUUUCUGUGCCUUGUUCUUGGUCGACGUUAUUGGACGAAAGAGAUCUUUGUCCAUCGGCAUUGCCCUACAAGCCAUCUCGAUGUGCUACAUUGCAGCCUUUUUGACAGCUGUGCCCAACAUCGACGACGACACUGUCUUCACAGCUUCACAAAAGCAUGCUUCAACUGGUGGUAUCGUCAUGAUAUACAUUUCAGGUGUCGGUUGGGCUCUAGGCUGGAAUAGUAUCCAGUACCUCUUGAAUGCUGAGAUCUAUCCUCUCAGAAUCCGCGCUGUCAGCAGCUCACUCGUAAUGUGCUUCCAUUUUGUCAACCAAUACGGCAACUCGCGCGCUGUGCCAAAUAUGCUCCUUGAUCUUAGCCCCAAGGGAACAUUCUGGUUCUUCACCGCGAUCACGAUCCUGGGCGGGGUGUGGGCAUGGUUCUUUAUCCCGGAGACGAGCGGCCGCAGUCUCGAAGGCAUGGAUGCAUUGUUCCGCCUUCCCUGGUACAAGAUCGGAAGGUAUGGACAACGGGAAGCUAAUGUCAGUGAUCAGUUGGAGCGAGAGAGAGUGUUGGAAGAGAAGGCAGCCGUUGGCGGAAGUGCUGCGCAGGUCGAGGUCGUGCAGCAGGAGAAGGUAUAA